CAGGCCUUCCUCGUCGUUCUUUACUUUACCCCCGCAUUCAACCAACAUGGGUGCUAACCUUUCAAAGGCUCUAGGCAAGAUUUUCGGCAACAAAGAGAUGAGAUUGCUGAUGCUGGGGCUGGAUGCUGCUGGGAAGACGACCAUCCUAUACAAGCUCAAGUUAAAUCAAUCAGUCACCACCAUCCCAACAGUCGGUUUCAAUGUGGAGACUGUAACAUAUAAGAACGUGAAGUUCAAUGUCUGGGAUGUUGGAGGCCAGGACAAAAUUCGGCCUUUGUGGAGGCACUACUACACAGGCACGCAAGGCCUUGUUUUCGUCGUGGACAGCCAGGACCGUGAAAGAAUAGACGAGGCGAAGCAGGAGCUGCACCGGAUAUUGAGUGACAGGGAAAUGAAGGAGUGUUUACUGCUCGUGUUCGCGAAUAAGCAGGAUCUACCGGGAGCUAUGUCGCCGGCAGAGGUGACAGAGAAAUUGGGGCUGCAUCGGAUGCGUGACCGCUCUUGGUAUGUGCACCCAAGUUGUGCGACAACAGGAGAAGGGUUGUUUGAAGGUUUGCAAUGGUUGUCGCAGAACGUGAAGAAGCGUCAACAGUGAGCGCUGCAGUUUGCUUUAUCGUCCUAAUUCGACCUCCCUCCCUCGGAGCCGUCUCUAUGUUCAUAAUAUUUCCUUCUGCCAUUAUACCCCAUAUCGUUCCUGCUUGUCUCUCUGGUCAUGGUUCUACGACGCGUUCACGCCCAACAGAUACCUAGUCUGUCUAUGCCCUCCUCCUGAGUUGUCGCCCAGCAGUCUUAUCUUCAUCCCCAAUACACUCCUUACUGCGGUCCACCGAUAAACAGUUAAUACAUGCCGUUUCCAGGA